GUCACAGGCUGUCGUAAUAAUGGCUGUGCCCAGGCACCGACAGUUAAUAAUUCGCUUUCCGCCUCUCGCCAGUCUUUCGCUUUCGCUUUGAAUUCGCCUUCGCUUCUCUUUGCCCUGCUCUAGCACGAGAUCAGUCGAUCUUUUCUUUUUUUAUUAUCUUUACCCUCCGUGGUUCACACUCCUUGAUAUAAAACAAUCGCAUUAUCCUGCACUCCUUUCCAUCUUGCGUUGGGUUACACUACAUACCCUCGAACUGUCUACUUAUAUAUCUGCUUAAUUAUACUCUACAACAUUUGAAUCAACAUGCGCUUCCUCACCCUUGCUACCGGUCUCUUCGCUGCCAUCGCCGCGGCAGCCUCGAGCUCCUCCACCGACACCGGCGCCAAUGCCUUCAUCGCUCCUGUCGCCGGCACCACACUUAAGGCUGGCCAGACCACCACCCUCAAAUGGACGCCGACCACCAGCGGCACCGUCAACCUGCGACUGCAAUGGGGCGCCCUGACCACCGCCGACGAGGGUCUUGCCAUCGCCAGCGCCAUCUCCAACACUGGCUCCUUCUCCUGGACCCCCCCGUCCUCCAUUCCCGUUGAAUCCGACUACUUCAUCCGCAUCGCCAGCGACAGCGAUGCCAGCGAGGUGAACUAUUCCGCGCGAUUCGCGAUUUCCGGCGUUUCCGGGUCCGUGUCAAUCAGCGCGUCGACGUCUUUCUCUACUACGGUUUCGUCAACCAGUACCAGUGCCACGUCGACAACGUUGGUGACAAGCACGAGCACGAGCACGACUACCUCGGCAUCGAGUACGUCUACGUCCAAGUCUACGUCUACUUCGACCUCGACGAGUGCGACGCCCACGUCGACGGUGCUGAGCUCGACCAGUGCGGUGUCCUCGGCGAGGGCGGCGAGCACCACCACAACGGCUGCUGCGACCACGACUGCGGCGACGACGCCGACGAGCGUGCCGCAUACGAAUGGUGUUGAGUCGAUCAAGGUGCCGGGUUGUUUGAUUGCUGCUGUGGCGCUUGGCGCGUUUGCGUUGCUGUAAAUUCUUCCUAUACAAAUAUUUGUGGAUUCGUGCUGUAUUCUAGGGGAUGUGGGUUUGGUGUAUAUAUUAAUUCGUGUAUGGUAGAUGAGUUAUGGUUAUAAUAAU